GGCGGCAGGACCCGGCGGGGCAGCUACGCGGGGUCCUCGCGCGCGUCCCACGUGGCCCGAGCGGAGCUUUGGUCGAGGUUCGCGAGCUGCAGACGCGCCCCGCUUGCCAGCGUGUGGCCGCGCCUCCUCGCCGGCCAUGGCAGCCACCGACGGAGUGCUCCUGCAGCUUUCCGCCGCCCCCGGGACGUCCUCCAGAACCCGCACGGCCCAGGCCAGGCGGCAAACCCAGGCCGCCAAGAGGAAACGCCCGGCAUCCAGGCAGGCCCCGCCGGCGAAACGGAGGAGUGCGACGGCCUCUCUCCCAGCCAAGAAGACCGCUGCCAAAGAAACGCCAAGGGCUUUGAAGGGGAAGGCGAGGAAGGUGUUUCCUCCAAAGAGGUCUCCAGCCAGCGCGAGCGGCAGAGACCAGGAGCAGAAGCCGGGCGUUAAGACUUCGUCGCUGUUCAGAAACAACCCCGAGAUUCCCCAGCUCCGCAGGCCCCUGGUGAAGCAGGUGCAAGAAAGCGUGUUUUCUUCAGAAGCUUUUCACGAGCUGGACCUCCACCCGCAUUUAAUCUCCACGAUCCACGCGGUCUUGAACAUGUCCCAGAUGACCAGCGUGCAGAAGCAAAGCAUCCCCGUGUUGCUGGAAGGCAGAGAUGCCCUCGUGAGAUCCCAGACGGGCUCAGGUAAAACUCUCGCCUAUUGCAUCCCGGUGGUCCAGUCCCUUCAGGCGAUGCAGACAAAAAUACAGCGCAGCGACGGCCCCUACGCGCUGGUGCUCGUGCCCACGAGAGAGCUGGCUCUGCAAAGCUUCGACACGUUCCAGAAACUGCUCAAGCCAUUUACCUGGAUCGUGCCUGGAGUACUCAUGGGCGGAGAGAAGAGGAAGUCCGAAAAGGCCAGUGUGUCAUUUUCAAACAGACUCCGCAAGGGGAUAAACAUCCUUAUCUCCACUCCUGGACGCCUGGUGGACCACAUAAAGUCCACGAAGAACAUUCACUUCAGUCGGGUCCAGUGGCUGGUUCUGGACGAGGCCGACAGGAUCCUGGACCUGGGCUUUGAGAAGGAUGUCGCUGUGAUACUCAACGCCGUGAACGCCGAGAGCCAGAAGCGGCAGAACGUCCUGUUGUCGGCGACUCUCACCGACGGCGUGACACGGCUCGCCGACAUCAGUUUGCACAACCCUGUCAGUAUUUCCGUCCUGGAUGAGGGCCACCGUCCGUCCAGCCCAGAGGACCACGCGGUCCUGGGAAUGUGCGCCCCACAGCCCGGUGACGAGCUGGACGGCUUUGCCAUCCCGGAGGGUCUGGACCAGUACGUGACGUUGGUCCCCAGCAAACUGAGGCUGGUCUGCCUGGCGGCCUUCCUCCUGCAGAAGUGCAAGUUUGAAACGGACCAGAAGGUGAUCGUCUUCUUCUCGAGCUGCGAGCUGGUGGAGUUCCACUACCACCUCUUCCUGCAGACCCUGCUGAGCGGCGUCGGGGCCCCCGUUCCAGGGCAGGUGCCAUCUGCCUGCACGCGGUUCAGGUUCCUGCGUCUUCACGGCAGCAUGGACCAGGAGGAAAGAACGGAGGUGUUUCAGGAGUUCGCACAUUCCGGCACGGGCGUCCUGUUCUGCACGGACGUUGCGGCUCGGGGCCUGGACCUCCCUCAAGUCACGUGGAUCGUUCAGUACAACGCCCCGUCUUCGCCGGCGGAGUACAUCCACCGCGUCGGGAGGACCGCCCGCAUCGGCUGCCGCGGGAGCAGCCUGCUCGUCCUGGCGCCUUCGGAGGCGGAGUAUGUCAGCUCGCUGGCUGCUCACAAAAUCAACGUCUCCGAGAUGAAGAUGGAAGCCAUCCUGUCUGCGCUGACGAGCCAGGACUGCUUUAAAGGGGGGCGCCGGGGCGGCCAGAAACCCCAGGCUGCUGGCCCCCAGGAGAUCCAGGAGCGCGCCACGGCCCUGCAGACGGUGUUUGAAGAUUACGUGCACUCCAGCGAGAAGACAGUCUCCUGGGCAAAGAGAGCCCUGCAGUCCUUCAUCCGCGCCUACACCACCUACCCGCAGGAGCUGAAGCACAUCUUCCACGUCCGCGCCCUGCACCUCGGCCACGUGGCCAAGAGCUUCGGGCUGAGAGACGCCCCCCGGAAGCUGGGCGGCCCGGCGGCGAAGAAGAGGAAAGCGGCCGUGAGGAGGCCCGACCUCCGCCGGAGGACCCAGAGGAAGCGCUGCCUCGCCGAAAUGCUGCGCUCCGAGUACUCCAGCGGGGCGGAGGCCGACGUGGCCCUGGGCGGAGCGCGGAGCAAGCGCGCCGGGCCGGCCGCCAGCCCGGGCCCCGAGGGAGAGGGAGAAGGCUCCCCGUGAAGCGGAGACAAGCCCGGGAAGGCGCCCCGAGGACUCCCCACGCAGUUUCUUCAGACUCUGCCUUUCUGACUCUGCCUCCGCCGGCCGGGGCCUGGGGGCCUGGGGGCACCGGGUGGCCGUCCUGUGCUUGUCAGUCCCCGGGGCUGAGGAGCACAGCCCCUCCCUCCGGGGUGCGGAGUCCGAGGGGCAGGGAGCAUAGAUGAUUAUUAUUAUUAGCCAGUUAACCUGUAUCUCAUAUACCGCGUCUGACCCUUUGUAUCCACCCCACCGCUGCCCGCACUUAGCCUCACCGCAGACGUAGUGGCACCCGUAGUAGCCGCCGGGGCCGUGCUCACCGCUCACCGGGGUGCCCACACUCACCGGGGUGCCCGCCCUCGGCACCAGCCGGGCCCAGCCUGAGGGAGUUUCAGUUUCACGCCUACGCUGGCAUGGGUUUUUGCAAAAUAAGGAGUUGAAAUCUAGAUUUAAAUUUGUAAAGGAACAGAAAGAACAUCAGAUCACUUUGCUGAUGUCCAGAUGCUUCACGAGCAAGACCAGAGGGGGCCUGGUGUGGGUCAGAGCGACUCUGUCCCCGUCCCCAGGCUGCCCCUGCCCCGUGCCGCGUUCUCACUGCCCCUCCGUGCCCUCGGGAAACCGACUCUCUCAGGCUAAUUGAUUUACUGGUGCCUUUCUGCUAUCUGCCUUUGAAUUCACCAGGCACCAGGGCCCUGAGCGCUCUCCAGUGGGGUUCCGGCUCCUCUCCAGGCGUCUGGGGUCUUUGUGUCUCGGCCCAGGCCACAGCCGCCCCUCCCCCGGCGUGUUUCCUGGGAGGCUUGAAAGGACCCCCAGGGCGUAUUGAUUUCUCAAUAAACGUAAGAUUUGGACACGGCAGCUCAGGAGGGGCCAGGCCGCAGUGCCCACGCUGUCCUGCCCUGCUCCGUCCCUUUUCUCCCGCUGUCCCCUCCCGCCUCUCUCCCUGAGUUCCCCGUGGGAGGGCAGCCGCCCCCUCCAGGGGGCCCCCCCCCGGACAGAACAGCUUGGUCAGGGGUCGGGUGGUGCAGCAGGGGGCUCUGUGGGCCCUGGGAGCGGUAGUGUCCUCACCUCCGCCCGUCUGGUCACUCUGGGCCACGUAGGCACUGAGCCUGUGCAGGAGGAGAAACGGCAAUUUUGCAGGGUUGGCUGUCGCAAAUUAAUAGGGCCAAUUGGUGAGUUUGUAACAAUAAUAAUAAAACCUGUAGCACACGCCACGCUGACUCUGGGCAGACCUGCCCUUUCAUUCUGACGUACGGUGGUUCACACGGUUUGGACGAGACCAGGAGGGUCAGGCUGCAGACAGAACCCAGCUGUGUGAGGGACAGGAUUGGUGCCCAUGGUCGGGGAGGGCUAGAGAGGGGCCUGCUCCCCCCCCCCCACCGCCCAGGGUGAGCGGGGAGAGCCGGGCAUGCCUGUGGGAGGGCUAGAGCCGGGCCGAGUGUGCGGCUAUAACUCGGAGAUCGCAACUUCCGCUGCAUUUGCUGACCCGGAGUGAGGGUUUCUCGUCGUCGUAGAAUCAGUCUGUUACCCCCAGUUAAUAAAGAAACACGGAUUUAGCAGGUUUAGGGUUCGUAUUAUCGAAGUUUAAAUAACCUUAAAAUAAAUCUCUUUCUCUCUUA